AUGGCCGCCGCAACCAAGCACCUAGACGCUCUUCUGUUGGAUGGAUCGACCACGGUCCAACAGAAAAUCGACUGUCUCAAAUUACUCAAGGUAGUGACCAAGAAUUUGAGUGAUCCUGCGAAAUCGUCGGACCCCAAGUACCGUCAAUUGAAGCUGGACAAUGAGAAAGUGCGUUCCAAAAUUGUGACGUGUCCAUCGGCGGUUCCUCUGUUGGUGGCGUUGGGGUUUGCCGAAGUGCAAGAAGAGGGUUCUCCUGUCUUGCGUGUUGACGCGUCCAAAGCCAUUGAUCAUGCCAUCAUGACCACCAUGAUGAACGAGAUUGUCUCCACGUUGAACAACCUCGAUCAAUCCAACCUGCAAAACAAAAAACCCAAAUUGAAUCCCAGCAACUCUAUUACUUCUUCUUCUUCGACGUCUGGCAAAUUGUCGGAAAAACAAAAGGCACGCAUCUUGUUGGAAGAAAAGGAACGAAAGGAUCGUGAAGCGGCCAAAGCCCACCGCGAAAAGAAUGUCGCGCUCUUGAAGCAAGACAAGUAUGUUCGACAGAACGACGAGAAUUGGAGCAGUAAGCCGAGUGCGGCAUGUGUCAAGACGGGCGAUGCCAUCUCCACCUUUCGCGACAAGUAUGGGGAGUAG